AUGUGCUCAGGAUGUAGCACUAAGAACGGUGUGUUCAAGCUCAGCAAUUUAGUUCAUUUUAUAAUGGCUACAUAUUCAAGGUUUGAUUUGGUAAUGUUGUUUUUUAUUCGUCACUCCCCAGUUGCCCAGUACUUGCUAAUCACGCAAAAAGGAGAAAAUAUGAAGUUUGUAAACAUAACGACAGCAUGGAUAUAUGUUGCUUUUUUAUCAACGAUUUGCCGCUUGUCUCUUGGAGCAAACUACCAAGGUAAGGCUGUGCAAAUUAAACGACAUAGCAGGUCUGUGAUAUCCCAGAAUCACGAUGUAUCCAGCUUGAAUUGUGACAGGGGCACCCAACGUCAAUUUUUGGGAAAAUAUCUGUUCGGAAGACGCCAGAUUUGAGGUCUAGAAUUUUCGGGACAUUUGUGGUAAAAUUUCUUGCUUGCCUGCCUCUCCUAGGAUUUUCAAACAUCUGAAAAAUAGUAUAAUUGCCCAUUUUUAGCGGAUUUUACCCUAAAAAGGUCACCUAAAAUUUUCGGGAGCGUUUUUUCUAAAAGGUAAUAGUUGAUCCCUAUAAUUUUCGGAUCACUAGGCUUUCAGCUAGGAAAUCCGAACAGACGAAAAAUUUUUAGGGGAUAAAAAUAUGCCUAUAUCUACCGUUAAAUACUAAAAUACGUUUAACAAUGCUAUGUUUAAGUGGUUUUGAACUAUAUUCUCGUUGGGUGCCCCUGUUGUAAAAUAAUUCGCUUGACCGUGUCAGCUCAGUCCUGAUUAAAUUACGCUUUCAUUGCUUUAACCGACAACAACCAACCCAAUCACUUAAGAGGAGCCGCGCACAAAUAUCCCAAUCUGUUUUUCAGUCUUCUUUUGUUUUGGCCGGGAGAAUAAUUUGAUUCAGCCGGUAAUCCGCGGACAGCAUUGAACCUCGCUCUUGAAAUCGUUUCCAACGCGAAUGUUGACUUUUGUCUUUGAAAGUCAACUUCAAUAUUCCUUAAACAGGCCGGGUUUUGUUUGCAGGGGGAGCCACUGCACGAUGUUAGUGAUUAUCACCACCAUUUCAAUUUUAUUUAGUAAUGGAAGUAACAAAAUUCACAACCAAGAAGCUGGUUACAAUUCACUACGAAUAUAAUAUACUUGGCCAAAUCAAGAGAGGAGAAGCUUCAUAUUCUUUCGACUAAACUGUAUCCUAUAAUAAUAAGAACAAUAAAUUGAUGAGUAAAAAUAUCAAAAGCCAAAUAUAAUAAAUAAAUAAAAAUCUAUCGUGGGUCACAUUAACGCCAAAGAAUCAAAAGUCAAUUGAAGCUAAUUGAUAAACAGAAGCGCAGGCAUGGAAGCAAAAGGGAAAUAGCUUAAUUUAAGCUGAAAAUGUGCAGUUGCCUAGUAUGUAACUCUACGUGUGUAACUAAUUGUUUCCCAGUUUUAAUUCUCAAACCAAAAUGCAGAGUUUGCUCAGUAGUUCUCACACACGAACUAGCAAAAACGGUUAAAAUGCUCCUAUAGAACUUGGUCUGACGACGUUUACCUCAUCAAACCGAUAAAAAUCGCAAACGGUGAAACCAAGUCAAGAGCGUGGUAACGAUAAUUUGGAGUGGGUUGGACUGAAACUUAUUGACUGUACUCACGUCUGAAACAUUCCUAACCACACCCCUGUAAAGAUAAAUUCUGUCUUCAGACUACAGACUUUAAACUCAGGACUUCAGACCUCAGAUUUAGAAACAGUUACAAAAGGGUUUUUUGUUUUCUGUGGGGACAAAUUUCCUUGUCUAGCGUAACUCAGUAUCCCAAUAUGAACCAGGGCGGUUAAAGGUUAUCCGUACAGAUUGUAACAUCUCUCGCUACGUUUUCGUUGCACUAUGAUUGUUGCGUAUAGGGGUAUAAUCAUGUAGUUCCUCUCAAAGCUUUUUGGCAAUAAAAGAGUGUACUUAGCAAGUGAAAAAAAAACCGAGGCUUGGGAUUUUUCUGGUGUUUAGUCGACGCCUUAAAAAGGUCACUUAAUUGCCUUCUCAUCACAGUGUUGUCUAAUUAAGAAAAUAUUGGCUUACAUGAAGUCGAGUUUCUGUGCAUUCCAGUAAUGCAGACGUAUUUCCAGCUGUUGCUUCCCGCAAAGUUCGACAAAGGUGGAAGUCUGCAGUCUGAGGACCUCUUCGGCUUUAGUACAAUAAUGAUAGAUAAUUAUAGCUCUGUUUUUUAUUGUUUGCUUGUUUACCCAUUUGAACAGAUCAAGGCAAUCGAAUUUCCCUCCACACAGACGGUGGUAUCGUUCUUGGAGGUUUAUUCCCUGUCCACCGUCGCAGUGACAAGACUGAAAACGCGUGUGGGGAAAUAGACCGACAUCCGGGUUACCAAUACCUCGCAUCCAUGUUAUUCGCUUUGGAGGAAAUCAACAAUGAUUCCACCAUCCUUCCAGGUAUAAAACUGGGUGCUAAGAUAUACGACACAUGUAGAAGUCAAACAAUUGGUUCUGACGGCGCUAAAGAGAUCAUCAAGUACGCCCUUCGAGAAGAAAACGGGACUUCGCCGUUGUCUGCCGUUAUUGGCCCAUUUCGGAGCGAUGUGUCAGUCGCUGUUGCUAAUAUGUUUCGGGUGUUUAACAUUCCUCAAGUAAGUUAUGGUUCGACCACUCCAGUUCUCAGCGAUAAAGAAAUCUAUGGGUACUUUUUACGAACUGUGCCAUCAAACUCGUACCAAGGUAAGGCAAUGGUGGAUGUCGUUCUCUAUUUUGGAUGGAGCUAUGUGAUGACUGUAUAUUCUCCAGGGCAGUACGGAGAAAAAGGAAUGGAGAAAUUUUACGAGGAGGCGGAGCGUGCGGGACUAUGUAUUGCAAACAAGAAAAAACUUCCCGCCUUCCCAACUGAAGGGGAUUACUUAAAAACCAUCCAGGAACUUCAACAAACAAGAAAAGCAAAUUCAAAUGGCAAAGUAGAUGUGGUUGUGUUAUUCUGUAUUCAGCGAGAUAACCGAGGGCUAGUUCAAGCAGCAAAUAAAAUGCUGAAAAAUGGGGAAAAAUUUUACUGGCUUGCAAGCAAUUCCUGGGGAGAUAGAAAAGAAGUUACCGACGGAGCCGAAGAGGCGGGAAAUGGUGCCAUCACAAUAAACUACAUUGAAGGAAAAGUCAAUCGUUUCAAAGAGUACUUCUUAAACUUGAAACCGUCCAACAAUAAAUACGGUCCAUGGUUUGAUGAAUUUUUUCAAGAAACUCUGACGUGCAAGCUGGUAAACUCGUCUAGGCCACUUAAUUACCCGCGAGAAUGUCUCCUAAGCGAUUCUCUACCUCAAGAUCUGGACAUUGCGCCUGUCCGGGUUGUAAUGAAUGCCGUUUACGCUGUGACACAUGCGCUUAACAAUAUGCAUAGAGAAUUGUGCUCUGGGAAGUCUGGCCUGUGCGAAGAGAUGAAACACCUUAAACGAGAAAAGUUCUUGAUAUAUUUAAAAAACGUAACUUUUCAGGACGCGUCGCUUAGUUCCAAAGUAACAUUCAACCAAAAUGGCGAUGUGGAUGGUGACUACAACAUACUGAAUUUCAAAAAGGUAAAGGAAAAGUUUCGUCAUGUUGUCGUGGGCAAUUGGAGUGGUGCGCUAAGUAAAGAUGGAAACAUCAAGGGACAUAUAAACUUGGAUGAAAGACAGAUAUUGUGGGGUGUUGGAAAAAUUAAAACACCGCAAUCAUAUUGUAGCAAACUAUGUUCUUCUAAACAGAUCACAGUUCCAGAGCUUGUGAAUGCACGCUGCUGUUGGCGAUGUGAAAGCUGCCAGUCCAAAGAUAUCAUUAGAAACAACACUUGCUCUGUAUGCAGUCAGGGAAGCAUCCCAAAUCAGAAUCUUACUGUAUGCGUCCAACUACCAGUUAUUUUCCCAUCUUGGUCUGAUAUCCGCGCUAAAGUUCUAACUGCAGUUGCAUCAGUCGGUAUUGUCAGCACCAUUACUACUGCUUUGUUUUUUGUUAUAAAUAGACGCCAUCGCGUCAUAAAAGCAUCUGGAAGAGAACUGACUGUCAUCUUGUUUAUGGGAGUUGUGUCAUGUUAUGUUUCGGUACUGGUACACUUUAUGAAACCCACAAACAUAUUAUGCGGUGUACGGCGUUUCGCAGACAGCGUUUCGAUGACCAUGUGUUACGCUCCGGUGCUGUUGCGGACAAAUCGUAUCUAUCGCAUAUUUAAGGCUGCGCAGAAGUCAGUACGCCGGCCUUCUUUCGUUAGCCCCAUAUCACAAAUGUUGGUGGCGAUUGGUAUUACAGGAGUGCAGUGUCUCAUAACUAUGAUUUGGGUUCUAUCCAAACCACCUAAUGCCGUGAACUCCUAUUCUCAUAAGGAUUACGUGAUCCUUGAAUGUAGUACAGACGACUUCAACGUAGCGAUCAACUUGUGUUUCAACGCCAUUUUGAUGUUUGUCUCCACAGUGUUCGCAUUUCGAACUCGGAACUUUCCAAGGAAUUUUAACGAAGCAAAAUAUAUCGGAGUUACGAUGUAUUUGUCGUGUUCGGUGUGGGUGAUAUUUCUACCUUGUUACCUGAAUGCUGCUAAUAGUAUUUACAAAUCGUACUUCUUGUGUAGUUCUUUAUUUCUUAUUGGAACUAUAACUCUUCUUGGUCUUCUGGUACCGAAAAUAUUCCUUGUUUAUUUUGGAAACACUGCAAUAGGUCCGGCCGGUGAUACACUGACGGGUACUUUCACUGGACAUCAAGGCAGAAGUGAGCAAAGCCAACAUGGUCAAGAGCUAACAUCCGGUAAUAAAUAUAAGAUGGAAAACACUGCGUCCAGCUUAACUUAA